GUUUCAUUGCAGAUCUUCCGAGUUCAUUUCUUCCACUCCUCAUCGCUAAUUACGGGUCACGCCCUCUUCUCCAUCUUUCUCCUCCUUGCUUCGUGUACACUGCACUUUCAGACCUCGUGCGGCAGGGGAAACGCGGACUUGUCAUGCUCUGGUAAGGUUUUUGUGCAUGUCUUUGGGGCGGAGUCAGUUUUGGCAACUCCACCUCUGCGCUUGUUUAAUGGAUGCUACCUUGUGGUCAGAAGUGACGAUCGUGUGGUGGAUGCAUCGCACAUCUCCUUGGUUGCGCUGCCAAUGGGCCAUUCGAUCAUAAGGCCUUUCAUUUAUGCUUCUGAAGUCUGCUCCGACAUUUGUUCAGCAGGUGCAGGAGGACGUCGAAGUUUGACGAAGGAAUGGAAGGCUACAAGACACUUCCUUGUGACUGUUGUCUUCCACUGUCUUGUAGCUCUCCUCCUCUCCCUCCUCACUUCGUGGGCCUCACGUGAGUUCCUCGUUUCUUUCCCCUGUAAACUACUGUCUUGCUUUUGUGCAAUCGGGAUUAGCGAAUCGUCGCUUUGGACACUUCUAGUUCCCACCUCUUCGUGGAUAGAAUUGGAACGUCGUGGCGACCUGGGGAGCACGUGGAUGGGCUCUUCGCAGAGUUCAUUGGUCUCCUUGAUGCCCUAUUGUCUUCUCAACUUUAUUUAUGCGCUUCUUGACCCUAUCGUCCUAUAUUGCGUAGCUGACUGUCACAUACCUCUCGCUAUGGCGUGCCGAGGCCUGAGCCGACUUAGUGGAUGGUGGAGGGGUUGGCAGCGCUGCAGGUCGUGCUGUGAGAGCAGAGCGUAUGCAGCCUCAUUCUACAUAACGCUGGCCUGCAUUUGCGUCAGUUUUAUCUUCCACGAUGGAGCCGCAUUUUUGGUGAUUGCGUUGGCAUUGCUUGUGAAUUGUGGGUCUGUGCUGACUAGGGUGGGGGUUAACGAUGAGAUGGAGUGGAGAGUGGCGUCAGUGGAUGAGCGAUCACACGUCCUCGUGGCCAUACAGCUGCGCUUUGCUCUUCUACUCGUCUUCUGCAGUUUCCUUAGCGUGGAGCAGUGGUUUACAUUCGCCUUCAGAGCCAAGCUUCUUUUUGCUGGCCAUGGAGUGGAUUGGAUGCGCUUCUUCUCACCAAGUGUCUUUCAGUUCUUCCUCCUCCUCACCAUGUCGUUGCUGCUUCGCUCGCUCCCGACAGCGGUGAUAUUAAUCAAAGGUCAUCGCUAUCGACGCCUGCCAUCACUGUUUCUGGGGUCGGCCCUGUUUGGCACACUGGUGGGUUGUCUGGUCUGUCUCGGUGGCUACCUGCACACCGCAGACAAUCUACAUACUUGUCUUGUCAUCACCUUGGUCACUGCCUUUUUGCUCGGUGUGUGGUUAUGGGUGGCCACAACGCCUGGUGGUGGGGCUGCGGCUGUGUCGCUUGGACAGGAUCGGCUUCGUCUCGUGAUUGCUCUGUUGCCAUCGCGCUGUUUGAAUGGAUUCGCAAUUGUUACUUUUGUACUUUUAUUUUUUAUCAAAAACUGUUUCAAAUGUGUGUGA